AUGGAUACAAACACCAAGAAGAGAUCAAGAGCUGAUGAUAUGAGUGAAUCUCAAGCAACAAAGAAACAAAUUUUGGAGAAAGUGAGCUCAUCAUCCAGCGGCUCAUCCUUGUUACCCACCAAUGCUUUACUCGAUAUCGAGGAAGAUUUCCGUAUCGUCGUUGGUACCUAUGAACGCCUUUUGUUUGGCAUUAAUGCACUCUGGAACGAAGAGAAAACUCAAGUCAAAUUGGAACCUGUAUUUAUUAUUCCUGCUCACACUGGUUGCAUCCGUACUGUAGCCAUUGGUGGUCAUUUCUUGGCUUCUGGAAGCACCGACGAGAUUAUUCGUUUAUAUGAUGUCAAGAAACGCAAGGAAUACGGUUCUUUGGGUGGCCAUCAUUCUGGCGAUAUCACUGAUAUUCAAUUCCAUGGCAAGUACAUGUUGUCUGCUUCGGACGAUCAUUCAAUCAAUCUGUGGAGAACCAAGGAUUGGGAAUUCCUCAAGACACUCAAAGCACACAAGGGAAAGGUAAAUUCAAUUGCCAUUCAUCCUACCGGUAAAAUUGCAUUGUCUGUUGGUAUCGACAGAGCUGCUAUUGUUUGGAAUCUGAUGACAGGCCGCAAAGCUAGUGUAAAUAAGCUGGGCAAAGAGGAGCCCAUGUUGGUUUUAUGGAAUCCAGCCGGUGACCAAUAUGCUAUCAUGUUUGAUAGAACUAUCAACAUUUAUAAUGUCUCGGAUGCCAAAAUUGCCACCACCAUCACUCAGUCAUCUCGAUUCCACAGCAUGAAAUAUUUCCACUCCAAAAAGCACGACAAGGACUACAUUGUCACUGGCAGCGAAGACAAAACUAUUCGUAUCUACGAUGUCACAUCCGGCGAGUGCGUGAAAGAGAUCAAAGGACACAAACUGCGUGUCAAAUCAGUGACCGUAGUUGAAUCUGAUGACAGAAUCGUUCUUGUAUCAGUAUCAUCUGAUGGCAUUGUCAAGUGUUGGGAUUUAGAGGAAGCAUUGGACGGCGAUGUGGAGCCUUUGGGAGAAUACAACACCAAAUGCCGUGCAACUUGCAUCACAUCUCAUGUUGGCUUCCACAAGACAGAAGCAAUGGCCGCUGAAGAGGCUGCUGCUGAUGCAGAGGCUGCCAAAGAAGCUAAAGCUGCAAAAGUGGAGAAGAAGAAGAAGCAGCAGCAGCAGGAGUCGGUGCCAGCAAAAAAGACAGCUCCCACCACAAAAACAGCAACACCAUCCACAGCAAAGGCUCAACCAGCAGCAAAAAAGAAUCACAACAAAAAGAAGGCAGCCUCUAAAAAGUAA